AAAGAGCGUUUCCUGGAGUCGGAGAGGGGAGGCGCAUGCGCAUGGACGUCCCUCUGGCCCUUGUUCGUUGCGAUUCCCCCCCCGGCCGGUCCUCAGGGGGCUCCGACGGCGGCGGAAUCCUCGGGAGGGGGACGGCUGUUCGCGCCCCGGAGAGCACACGGCGCAAAAGGAAAGAAAAGUGAAGAGAAUGGAAAUGGAGAACAAGGAAAGUCAGGGUCUAAAGAUGGAUCCCAAUCCAGUCAUCAGAAAGCCAUUACGCGCCAGAAAAACGAUGACCCCGAGUAGUCGGAAGCAGGUGGAAAUACUGCGAAAUCUUCAUGGGCUGGGAAAGGCUGGAAACAGCUACAGCGUGGACAAUUACGUGCAGCUAGAAAUGAUUGGAACAGAGAGCUUAAACUACAGUUCUUCCAAAGAAACGACCCCGGAUCUUAAAUCGAAAGAAAUGUCAGCCAAAGAGCCAGUAGCUAAACUGGUUGUUAAUUCUGAAAUCAGCAUUUACAAUGGCGGUCCAGAUGUGCCCGGGAGUCUUCCCUAUAACGGUUGUAGCACGGACACCAACGUGAAACAAUUUUUGAGUGCUGGCUCUUUGCAAGACCUGCUGAUUACCUUGUAUGAAAAGGAAUCUGAUUCGCCAGUCUCAAAGCCGGUUGAGGUGCAUUUAUACUCCAGACCAACCAAUCAGCCUUUGGGCUGCCCAGAAGAAGUGACGGCCCCGGUGGCCUCUUGUAGCAGUGAGACUCCGACCUCGGAUAAGACCGAGAAGGUGGAAGAAAGUCCUGAAAGUCCUGCCCCUGUAGUAGUUCAAGAAGAACAUGACAGCCUCCAGUUCCAGGAAGGAAAAACGCUGCCCGAUGACGCUUUGAGAGAAAGGAGAACUUCUGAAUGUAAAGACGCGGUCAGCUGUAAGCAUGUCUCAUCAUCCGAUGAAACAAGAGUAACUUCCGCCACGCAGACAGACAAAAGCCAGCCAGGACUGGAGAAGAUCAAGUGUUUAAUUCGAAACCACAUAGAGAAUUCGAUGGGAGACGUGGAUAGCAAGUUGCAGCGGUUGAACGAAAGAAUCGAUCACACGCAGUGUCUGCGGAAGCACGAAGGAAUAUCAAUUCGGAUUAUAAAGAAAAUAUCUCAGCUGCACAGGCGCGUGAAUUCCGUAGUGGACUUCCACAAGGCUCAGUUGUCAAAAAAGGUGAAUCUCCCAGGUACACAACCCAAAACGACCAUAUUGAAUGUGCCUGCGUCUCUUCCUGGGAGUAGAAGUGACCCGCCCAUGGCACCGAAGCGUCGGUCAGCACAGCCCGGUGAGGUUCCUUCCAAAACUGCCAGAAGUUCUGCCAAGGAAACAUGCCUCAAAGUGGAAACUUCGGUUGUCCAAGCCAAGAAUUCAACAGACGCUCAGCAGAAGAGAGCAUCCUCGGAUACGCACAGCUCAGCCGAAGCCCCCGGUGCCCCUAAGACCAGACUCCUGAUUGACUUAACGGAGGAAGAAGAUGCUAAUCGAGGUGAAGACGCCGCCGGAAAGCACCACGCCCAAGCCGCCCCAGCUGACCACAGAGCCAGUAGAGAAGAAAAACAAGCGGAGGUCUCCAUCAAAACAAACCCACCGCCGGGAAAGCACCACGCCCAAGCCGCUCCAGCUGAACACAGAGCCCCCGCAGCUGACAACAGAGCCGACAGAGAAGAUCCCCGUGCGGUUUCCCCACCUCCCUCCGUUGCCGAAGGCCCCCCCGCACCCGCAGCUGGCGAAUGGCUUCAGAGACACCCUCCCGCCCCAGAAGCUGGAGCUGGCCGUCGCCCAGGUGCAGAACCCCAAAGGCAUCGCCCUCCAGUGGAACAUCAAGGAGCUGGACCCCUGGUGCGCCCCCAUCGAGAGCUUCCACCUGUUCAUCUGCCUGGAGAGCAAGAGCAAGGGCACCUGCUCCGCUUGGAUCAAAACCCACGAAAUCAAGGCUUUGCCCCUCCCCAUGGCUUGCUCCUUGUCCCAGUUCUUGUCGGCCGGCAAGUGUUACUUUGCCAUGCAGUCCAAGGACAUUUUUGGACGCUUUGGACCCUUCUGCGACAUUCAGUCGAUUUCCGCCACAUGAUUUUUUUUUUUUUACUUGGGGCGGAAAGGAGAGGGUCAAGGGCAGCAGCAUCCCCACCCCAGGCCCGUUUCACCGAAAUCCGGCGUCCUGGCACCCUGUUUUGUACUUGCCCUCCGGACCGACGUUCUGUGGACUGUCUGCACUCUUUUAGAAAAAAUUUCUUAUUUGCUCACCUGUAGCGUUGGCAGUUUUGUAUAUCGAAAAAGUAUUCAAGUUUAUUCUUUGACCUCUCUGAAAAGUGUUUAAUACAAUUUCCGUUUUCCUGCCUGCUGGAUAUUUGUGAGAGCAUCAUCGCAGGGGUCAGCUACACGCGGGGGAAUAACCCGUUUCUCUGCCGUUGCGUUUCUGUUUCCCCUGCCGUGGCACGAAGAUGAAAGGAGCGUUUAAGGAACAGGUUUAAAAAAUCAAGUGCCUUUUUUACUCUGGGCUUACACACUUUGCAAAUGGGUGCCAUUAAGAAUGUGCCUUUCUGCAAAAAUGAUGUGAAUUAAAAAGUGAUUUAGAGGAGCGACCAAUAAUUGGAUAUCCUUUAGAGAACUCUUAUUCCUUUGGGGUUUUCUUGGCAGUCCUCAUGUUUCUGACCUGUUGCAGUUUUGAGAGAGUUAUAAUGUUUUACUCUCUGCGGGGAAAACAUUUUGCCAUGUCCCUAAAUUUGAUUGAAAACUGUUUUGGCAGACGUGGCAGGUUAUGGUGUCUGCAGCCAGUCUUUGCAUAUGGUGAUAAACCUUUUGAGUUUAUGGUUCCCAUAACAUACAGCCAUCUGCAAACUUUCCAACACCAUGAGUCUUAAUUUUUAAAAUAGUUUUUUUUUGGGGGGGGUGGGGGGUGGGAGGAGUGCCCCUAAAACACUUAAGUGAACUAUCAGAAUCAAAGAGUUAAAGUCGUACAUCAUUACAAUCCCGGUUGUAAUUUCAUUGUCAUAUUCACUAUGUAUGUAAAGCACAGGUGUAGUUUAACACUCCCUUUGGUGGUGCUUCAGCCGUCUGUCUGGAAAGUAUUGUCCAGUGUUGAGACAUUUCUCUUUCUCAUCUUCAAACACAGUUGACCCAAUGUAAAAAUGGCAGCCGUUGUUCUGGCUGGAGUUGCGGGUUGCAGUUGGCAUUUAAAGAUCUAUAAUCAUUAAGCAGGGCCCGUCCGGUUGUUAUAACACGUUUGCCUUUAUUAAGCGGUCAGAUACGUAACUGUGUAAAAAUGGGAUAUAUGUAUGUACAUAUACAUACUAUUUUACAUAAAUAUAAACUCAGAAAUUAUAAAAUGA